ACCAACGCCAGCAACGGCGCGAGAACGUUAGUUCGUUUGAGAUCGGUGUAUUUAAAAACACACUCAACCCCUCCCAAACGAAUAACCAGUGCCGAAUACGUUUCUUAUUUCCGGUAUUAAGUGAAAUUCAAACACCGACAUGGGACCAUCAAGAAAAACGUGCAUUAAUACCAAAAUCUCGCGUGAAAAUGUGUCUUCCUUUCUCCUGUUCAAUCGGAAAUGCCGGCAUGAAUAAAACAAAAUAACAGUUGCUGGACAGGGCCUGCAUGUAACACUGUGCUUAACAGCCCGUGACUUAUUGAUUACUUAUAGCAGGAUAAUCAGUCCUACAUAUGCGGUCCAUACGAGGUUUGAACCCAAGACGGACCUGUUGUAAAGUCAUACGAGAUGUCGACUAGAUGACGGGCCGGGCUAAAAACAACCACGAUGAAAAAAUCUACGCUUGAUAACAUUUCUGUUUUUCUUGCCGAGCUGAUUGGCACAGGACUAUUGGUGAUGUUAGGAUGCAUGGGAUGUGUGUCCGGACUUGGUCAUACACCUUCCCACUUUGAACUAUGCAUCAACUUUGGAUUAAUAGUGAUGAUCAUCGUACAAAUAUUUGGAUGUGUAUCUGGAUCUCACCUUAACCCUGCCGUUACGGCAGCUGCAUGGGUGUACGAGUUGGUUUCAACCAAGAUGGCUCUAGCUUAUGGUGCAGCACAAUGUAUCGGUGCUUUCAUGGGCUACGGAAUUCUCAAACUGCUGACUCCUGCUUCUGUAUUUGACGUCGCUCUUGAAAAAGGAGCAGGAUUCUGCGUAACACAGCCGAACAGUGCUAUCUCGAAUAUGCAGGCAGUUGGUAUUGAAUUUGUUGCAACAAUGGUAUUAAUUUUGGUAUGCUGUGGUGUUUGGGAUCCUCGUAACGCAAAGCAUCACGAUUCGGUUGCCUUAAAGUUUGGCUUUACUGUUGGAGCCUUAGCUGUUGCGGCAGGACCUUACACUGGUGCGAGCAUGAACCCAGCACGUUCGUUAGGACCAGUCCUAUGGAAUGGAGUAUACAAUGCACAUUGGAUCUAUUGGGUUGGUCCGCUUGGCGCUGCUUUUCUGACCGCCUUUGCCUAUAAGGCUGUUUUCCGGCGGGAGGUUCCUAUUGAGCAACACAACCACGAACUUGCUGCACUGAAUACAGACAAGUCAAAUGUUUAAUAGCAACAUAAUCUCAGAUCGAAUCCUAUGUACCACCAACGAUCACCUUGCCCACAGCAAAAGUGUCAGUGUGUAUGUACUGCAACCUAAUUACUCAUUUAGCAGCCCAUUUCUGUGGACCAAUCAUUAUUAUGAUUGUGUUUGCGCUUGUGCUGGCUGUACUCAUCUUAAAACUAAAUUGUGCAAGACGUAUGCAUUGUUUAAUAUUAAGAUAUGCUGUUAAAAUAAAUGCUGUUAAAAUAAAUAAAUUUCAAAAACGUGAAA